GUUUACAAUAAUUGCAGUUUAAUAGUUUCUGUUUAUAAAAAAAACAAUAAUUUUAAUAUUUUAAAAUUAUAAAUAAUAAUAAAAACAAAUUACUAACAUAUUAAUGUAAUAAUCUAAUUAAUUAUAUUGAGAGGAUGCUGUUGAAAAACUUUUUUAUAAAUGGACUAAAGACCCCGUCACUAAUAUUACUGCAGAAAUCGAUUGCUUUGCCAAGAUUGUUCCUACACGAACGUUGUCUAAGCACAGAAUUAGCGGCCGCUUUAAGGCCAUUCUAUUUUGCCGUACAUCCCGAUCUCUUUGGUCAGUAUCCCGAACAGCGUUCUGUCAAUGAAGAUUCAUUAAAACAAUUAAGUUCGCACAUGCAAAUGCUGUAUGAACGUAAAUACCAUGCUUUACGUGAAAAGAAAACAUUGCAAUUUUAUAUACGCGAAGAGAAUGUAGAAGAACGUAACAAGUUUAAGUUAAUAAAAAUUACUUUGGACAAUCGUUCACAAGAUCCUAAAAAGAUCAUACAGGAAUUGUUGGAAUUGUGUAAUUUAUCCACCGAUUAUAUAAAAAGUGUUAAAAGUACAAUAGUUAAACCUGGUCAAGGAACCCCUUAUGGAAGUGGUACAAUGGGAUUUAAACCGGCCCAAGAUUAUACGUAUGGAUCGGAAUUUGCAGGAUUUGAACAGGCAUAUUAUAAGGCCAAAGAAGAAAUCAAAAAACCUCUCGAUACAUGGAUUACCGAUAAUGCAGUAUUGGCUAAAACUCGUUCCAAAGAACUAGAAUCACUUAAAGCGGAUGUAUUUAAACUACAAAAAGUUCUUAUUGAGAAUUUAGGCUUAAAAGAUGCACGCUACGAUUGCGGUUGGAAUUUUGAACAUUAUCGUGGUUGCCUUAAGACUCUUGAGCGGCUCGCCACCAUGCACGAAGAACACAUGAAACAUUUAAAAGGACGCGUUGUUGUUUUUGCACCCUUUACAGGCAUUAGUUUAGAGGGUCAUGUCAUGCUCUUCACCGGUGAUGUUCUAAACAAUUGGAUUGAGUUCAUUAGAAACAUUCCUAAACACGAUGCUUUCCUCAAGAAAAUACCGAUAUACGAAAAUACGCUUUCUCGGGUCUUAAGACAGAUAAAAAUUGGUCGGCGCAAGUUUAUGCCCAAACAACAGGCUGUUGAAUAUGCUGGCCAUCUAAUGAAGGUGACAACGACACUGGGCGACUAUUUGAGUGUAAAGAAAUUUCCAAAAUCUUGGCCAAAUUCACUGCAGGAAUACGAAAUAGUUAUUGAAUCCGAAGCGGGGCCUCUGAUGGUAAGUCCGACGGGACAACUGAUAGCACCCGCUACAUGUCCCGGUUUUAUGUUAGUAGAUUUUAUAACUUCUAAUUUAGACGAGGCCAAAAAGCGUAACAAAAAAUACCAGGAGGAGAAACAUAUAGAACGAGACUUGACCAAAAAGUGUAUUCAACAAUUGUGUCUAAAAUCAUUGACAAAAGACGAUUCUGUGACACCUGAGAAAAUGAUAGAAUCAUUAAAGGCUCUACUCAACUACAAUUCCGAAUUGUUUAAAGAUUUGGAGUUGCAUAUAACAAAUUAUUACACCGUUUUAACAGAUGGUAUAGUUUGUAUACCAUGGGACUUUGAUAAACGGUAGUAUUUAAUAUAGUUGUAGUAGAUAUAUUUUCAAGUUUAGUUUAAUUUAGUUACGCGUUCCUGGUCCUAUAUUUUUAUUAUCUUGUUUGCUUUAUGUUUGUGUAUUUUCUUUUUAGAAUCAUUAAGCAAGUUUUAAAAUUACAAAAAAAAUAAAGAAAUAUUUAUAUACAGUGACAGUGUAUACUAGAAAGAA